AUGUCGGACCCUACGCCUUCCAAUCCUCCGGCCGGCAACCCGCCCAAGCCCGAGGCGGCCGACGACAAGGAUGCUGCUACUGCCAUCCUGCGCCAGAAGAAAUCUCCCAACCGCCUUUUCGUGGAAGAGGCUACCACCGAUGACAACUCUGUCAUCUGCAUCUCGCCUGCUAAGAUGGAGGAGCUAGGCCUCUUCCGCGGCGACUCCACCAUCGUCAAAGGCAAGAAGCGCCGUGACUCUUGCUUCAUUGUCCUCUCGGACGAAUCCGUCGAGGAUGGUAAGGUGCGCCUCAACAAGGUCGCACGUAACAACCUGCGCGUGAAGCUCGGCGAUCUCGUCUCGGUACAUGCCUGCCAUGACAUCAAGUACGGCAAGCGCAUCCACGUUCUUCCCUUUGACGACAGCAUCGAGGGUCUCACCGGUAACAUCUUCGAUGUCUACCUCAAGCCUUACUUCCUUGAGGCCUACCGCCCUGUCCGCAAGGGCGACACCUUCACCGUCCGCGGUGGUAUGCGCGCGGUCGAGUUCAAGGUCAUCGAGACGGACCCUGCCGAGUUCUGCAUCGUCGCGCAGGACACGGUGAUCCACACCGAGGGCGAUCCCGUCAAGCGCGAGGACGAGGAGGCCAACCUUGCCGAUGUCGGCUACGACGACAUUGGCGGUUGCCGCAAGCAGAUGGCCCAGAUCCGUGAGAUGGUCGAGCUUCCCCUGCGCCACCCCCAGCUCUUCAAGUCGAUCGGCAUCAAGCCUCCUCGUGGUGUCCUCAUGUACGGCCCUCCAGGAACCGGUAAGACGCUCAUGGCCCGAGCCGUCGCCAACGAGACUGGCGCCUUCUUCUUCCUCAUCAACGGACCCGAGAUCAUGUCCAAGAUGGCCGGAGAGUCCGAGUCCAACCUGCGCAAGGCCUUCGAGGAGGCCGAGAAGAACAGCCCUGCCAUCAUCUUCAUCGACGAGAUCGACAGUAUCGCGCCCAAGCGUGAGAAGACCAACGGUGAGGUGGAGCGACGUGUCGUCUCGCAGCUCCUCACGCUCAUGGACGGUCUCAAGGCUCGAUCCAACAUUGUCGUCAUGGCCGCCACCAACCGACCCAACUCGAUCGACCCCGCACUUCGUCGUUUCGGCCGAUUCGACCGCGAGGUCGACAUCGGCAUCCCCGACCCCACUGGCCGACUCGAGAUCCUGCGCAUCCACACCAAGAACAUGAAGCUCGCCGAAGAUGUCGACCUCGAGCAGAUCGCCGCCGAGACCCACGGUUACGUUGGUUCGGACGUGGCCGCGCUCUGCUCCGAGGCUGCCAUGCAGCAGAUCCGUGAAAAGAUGGACCUCAUCGACCUCGACGAGGACACGAUCGAUGCCGAGGUGCUCGACUCGCUCGGAGUCACCAUGGAGAACUUCCGCUUCGCUCUUGGUGUCUCCAACCCAUCGGCGCUGCGCGAGACCGUGGUCGAGGUGCCCACCACCACCUGGAACGACAUUGGUGGUCUCGAGAAGGUCAAGCAGGAGCUCCAGGAGACCGUCUCGUACCCCGUCGAGCAUCCCGAAAAGUUCCUCAAGUACGGCAUGGCGCCUUCGAAGGGUGUCCUCUUCUACGGUCCCCCUGGUACUGGUAAGACGCUGCUGGCCAAGGCGAUCGCCAACGAGUGCCAGGCCAACUUCAUCUCGAUCAAGGGUCCCGAGCUGCUCACCAUGUGGUUCGGUGAGUCGGAGGCGAACGUGCGAGACGUGUUCGAUAAGGCGCGUGCUGCGGCGCCCUGUGUCAUGUUCUUUGACGAGCUCGACGCCAUCGCCAAGGCGCGUGGCUCUUCGUCCGGCGACGGCGGAGGAGCGGGUGACCGUGUGAUCAACCAGAUCCUCACCGAGAUGGACGGUGUCAGCUCGCGCAAGAACGUCUUCAUCAUUGGCGCCACCAACCGACCGGACCAGAUCGACCCUGCCAUCCUGCGUCCCGGACGUCUGGACCAGCUCAUCUACAUCCCGCUUCCAGACGAGCCUUCGCGUCUGUCGAUUCUCAAGGCGACGCUCAAGAAGUCGCCGAUCGCCGCCGACGUGGACCUGACGUUCCUGGCCAAGCACACGCACGGCUUCUCCGGUGCCGAUCUGGCCGAGAUCUGCCAGCGUGCAGCCAAGCUGGCUAUCCGCGAGUCGAUCGAGGCGGAUAUUAAGCGCGAGCGCGAACGCAUGGCCACCAAGGAGGCCAACGCCGAGGGCGAGGUCAAGAUGGAGGAGGACGCGACUGCUGCCGCUGAGGAGGAGGAGGACCCGGUGCCCGAGAUCACGCGUGCCCACUUUGAGGAGGCGAUGCGUUUCGCGCGCAGGUCCGUCUCGGAUGGCGACAUCCGCCGCUACGAGCUGUUUGCGCAGAACCUGCAGUCGGCCCGCUCGUUCGGCACCUCGUUCCGCUUCCCCGAGGGCCAGAACCCCGGCCAGACCGGAGGCGCCGGCGGCAGCGGUGCUGGCGGCAGCGGCGGCGCUGCUUUCGGCAACGACGACGCCGGCGACGACGACCUGUACGCCUAA